AUGGGAUUCCCCUUAGUUCAAGCAACUCUAUAUGAAUCAGAUUUUGAUUUAUCAAAUUUAGAUAUAUCAAAGCAUAAAUUUUUUAAAAAUUUCCCUGAUUUAAGUCGACACCCGAAAGCAAAUAUUUGGGAUCAUAUUGAUCAGCAUUUUCAAAAGAAAUUAGCUGUUGCAAAAUAUUUUGGUCGCCUAUUAUUUGGUACACCACAGGAUAAUGAAGUUGUUAAAAUAGAAUUUGAUCCAAAUUUUGGGCAUGCUUGGCGUCCUUAUUACCAGAGACGAUAUGGUUAUAGAGGUGAGAAUUUUAUAAAACAAAUAGGUAAAGGCCAUUCACCAGUUAGACAACAACGUUCAAUGUCAUAUAAAAGGGAAAGAGCAGGUGAUUCUGAAAGUUAUUCAACAACAUAUAUACCAUUGGUAAAAAGAUCGAAAAUGGGCUCUUAA